AUGGAUAGCCUCUUUUUACGUUCCCUUCUAUGCCAAAUUCACCCCCGGCUCAUGAAAGUCGAUGUCCUUUUUCCGGGGCAUGAACCAGCCCGGGUGGAUGAAGUUGAACACGGCGACGGCGGCCACCAUCAUGGAGCCGUCGAGCGCGAUGAAGUACCGUUGCGUCGAGAUGAGGUAGCCGCUCCAGCCCUGCAGCAGCUCGAUGGUCCGGUAGAUGCUCCGGAUGUAGAUGCAGAGCACGGAGAAGACCAUGGCGUACAGCAGCGGCAGCAUCGUGCCGCGCAUCGUGUGCAGCAGGUUCUGCCGUAUCACCCGCCGCAGGAAAUCGGCCGCGCAGAGCACGAAGAUGGUGAUCGAGCCCAUCUGGAACACGAUGCCGGCCACCAUGACGUCCGUGCCGGGCUUCGUGUUGCCGUUGAUCUCGCCCGCGGCCUGCGACGCCAUCCCUCCGCCGAUAGCCUGGAUCACCAGCGAGAUGAUAUCGCAGGUGCAGAAGAUCCACAGAAGGACGAUGAAACGGCCGAGCAAGACAUAGAUGCCGGCGGUAAAGAACGUUGGCGCUGGACGAAGUCAGCCCAAGUGUCCAGAGAGAUAUACGAUCGGGAUCGAACGAUCUUCCUACCGAUGAUGAGAGUGGAUAUCUGCAUGAGGAACGCCGUCAAUCUAUAUGGGCAUUGGGAGGACCAUGCCCGGGCCGCCCAUCCUAAUACUUCCACUACAACAAACCAUUAUUAG